AGAGGUGGAGGAGUUCAGCGAUGCCGAAGACGAGGCAGCGCCAAACGCGGCACUUCUAGUCCUUCUUCAACGAAAUCACGCACAUGGUGGAGGGUACCGGUCUCAAAUUGGUCCUCAACAAGACUCACCUUGUCGCCGAUCUUAAAAAUGGGCGACAAUAUAACGCCUAUACCGAUGAUGCGCUGAGAAGGGCCGGUGACUUGGAGCUACCAGAAGAAAAGUUCCGGCAUGGUAUCAAACAUACAUCUCCAGAGUGCCGGAUGCUCUAUGUCAUCCAGGAGACCGACUACAAUCAGACCAGAUCAAAAAGGACAGAGCAUAGCCCAGCACAGCUCCUCGGCUACAUGGCAAUUGACUUGAGAGUCCUUAGCGAAUGGAACCCGCGAGCUUGA